AUGUCUACCACCACCACCGCCACCACCACCACCCCUGCCCCCUCUGCAACGGUGACGGCAUCGGCAGCGGGGACAAAGUCCAGACGAUCUCAUCGCAAGUCCCGCAACGGCUGUAUAGAGUGCAAGCGUCGUCACAUCCGCUGCGACGAGGGCCGUCCCGCCUGCACGAACUGCACCAUCGCAGAGAGGAACUGCUCCUUCCCGGUCCCGCCUGCGGCUCCAGCCGUCCACACCCCGGGCACGUCGACGCUCGAGGUGCCGUCUUCUCACCAUCACAGUCACAGUCACCGCCACCACCACGGUCACAGUCCGGCUCGGAGCAGCAGCAGCUUCGGCUCCAGAGACGCAGCCUCGGACGACUUCUUCCCGCGGCCACCACCCAUGACGGCCUCGGCCCCGAUCGCCGGCCUGCACCACCACUUCCACCACCAAUCCUAUCACGCUCUUCAUCCUCAGCAGCACCAGCCCCAGCAUCAGCAUCAUCAACCGCAGCAGCACCAGCAGCACCAGCAGCAGCACCAGCAGCAGCCUCUCCCCGGCCUGUCGUCGACCCAGCAGCAGCAGUCGCUCCCUUCGUUCAACGAAUCCUUUGCCAACGCCGGACCCGCCGCCACCGUACCGCCGCCGCCGCCGCCGCCGCCGCCGCCGCCGUCGUCGUCGUCGCGCGCGGGAAGCGGCAGCGCCGGCAGUGCGGCCGGGGGUGCCCCCUUCCCCGGCGGGUCGGUGACGUCAGUCUUCACGCCCCAGCACCUCGUGCUGCUGCACCACCUCGAGGCCGACAUGGGGUCGGACAUACUGGGCCAGGGCCAGACGUCGACGGUGCUCGACGUGGCCAUCCGCCGCGUGGCCGAGUGCCCAUACCUGAUCGACGAGCUGCUGGCCUUCUCGGCCCUGCACCUGGCGCACCGGGCGCCCGAGACGGCCGGCUCCUUCGCCCACCAGUCCACCGAGCUCCAGACGCGCGGCCUGUCGUACUUUGCGCGCGAGGUCGAGUACCUGGGCGCGGCCGACUCGCACGUCGCCGGCCCCCGCUUCCUCUACGCCACCCUGCUGAGCCUGCACUCGCUCGCCGAGACGCUGGUCUACCUCCGCGCCGACCUGGACCUCUUCGUCGACCGCUUCAUCGAGUGCAUCCACCUCCACCGCGGCAUCCUGCACACCCUGCGCUUCCAGUUCGACCUGCUGCUCCGAUCCGAGCUGAGCCCCAUCAUCUCCAUCGCCCAGCUCCAGACCAGCGGCGGCCCGCUGCUCGGCCACGAGUGCAAGCCCCUCGCCGCCCUGGUCGAGUCCUCGGCCGCCGCCGCCGCCGGGCUCGCGGAGCUCCCCGCCUCGGAGGCCGCCUGCUGCCGCGACGUCGUCAACCUCUUGCAGUGGGCCUUCGACCUGAGCGCCCAGCUGCCCAGCCGGGACUUCCCCCACGCCGUCUCGGGCUUCAUCGUCCUCGUCCCGCACGACUUCGUCGCCGUCCUGCGAGCCCGGAGACCCGUCGCCCUCGUCAUCCUGGCCUACUUUGGCGUCCUCAUGCACCGCACCCGACGCUACUGGAUCUGCGGCGACAAUGGCGCCCUGAUGAUCGGCACCGUCGCUCGUCAGCUCGGUCCCCGGACUCCGUAG